AUGGUAGAAAUCAAGAAUAACAAGAAUAGAAUAACAUUUCAAACGAUUAUUGGUGUACCUUAUAUCAGACAUGUUGUAUUCAAUAGUUUUACACUGAUACAAUCGAAAUCAUAUGAUGAUCAAUAUGAUGAGAAUCUUAAAUAUGCAAAGAAAGGAAGAGAUAUCAUCAAAUUGCCUCAUCUUGGUAUGAUCAGUCAAUAUGGUAUGCCAUGGGACUUUAUCAAACAUUAUCUACCUGAAAAGGAUAAAGUAUUGUUUAAAAGAAGAUUAUAUAUCAUUAGCAAGUAUUGUUCACAUCCCAAUGCAACAUUGGAUACACUCAAUCAUCUAUUGGAAUGGUCACCAGAUUAUGAUCCUCAAAAUAGAGAAGAGAAAUAUUGUCAAGAACUAGCUGAAAAGGUGGCAGGUGCAGGCCAUAGAGAUAUAAUGGAACUACUUAUUACAAGGUAUCCUGAAAUCAAUCCAAAUGGUGCUGUUGAUGCAGCUGCUGUUAAUGGUCAUCUUUCGACACUUGAACUGAUAAACAACGCUAGUUGUAAUGUAUAUACAAUGGAUGUUGUUGCAAAGAAUGGACAUCUAGAUGUAAUCAAGUUUUUACACGAGAAUCGUAGUGAAGGAUGUACUCUUAAUGCUAUGAAUGAUGCCGCAUCGAAUGGUCAUUUAGAUAUAAUUAAAUUUUUACAUUUUAAUCGUACAGAAGGAUGUUCAACUCAUGCUAUGAUAUUUGCAUCGUAUAAAGGAGACUAUGAUAUUGUAGAGUGGUUACACUUUAAUAGAAGCGAGGGGUGUAGUACUACUGCUAUGGAUAAUGCUGCUCGAAAUGGCCAUUUCAAAAUUUUAAAGUUCCUUCAUGACCAUCGCACUGAAGGAUGCACAACUGAAGCUAUGGACAAUUCAGCUUCUUUGGAAAUAACUCAAUUCCUACAUAAUAAUCGCUCAGAAGGGUGCACUCACAAAGCCAUGGAUAAUGCGGCGGCAAGAGGACGAUUAGACAUGGUUGAAUGGUUACAUUAUAAUAGAACGGAAGGGUGUACAUAUAAAGCCAUGCAAGAAGCAAUUAAAUAUGGUCAUUUUGAUAUUAUAAAGUUUUUAUAUCAGAAUAGAACAGAAGGGUUAUUUUCAAGAGCAUUUGAUGAUAUUGCACUGUAUAAGACACCAGAAGAGACAUUGGAGAUUUUAACAUUUGUUAAUGAAAAUUUAAAUGUAGAGUGCACAUCUUUUUAUUUGAUCUAUGCAAUUCAAGCAAAUCGAUUAGAUAUCGUACAAUAUCUUCAUCAACAUUAUCCAACAUCAAAAAUUUGGAAAGAAAUUUCACCAAUCGAUUUGGCCGCUGAUAAUAAUCUUUUUGAAAUUGUUAAAUGGUUACAUUAUAAUAGAAAUGAUGAGAAUAGUAGUCAUUAUGCAAUGGAUUCAGCUGCAAUGAGUAAUAAUUUGGAAAUGUUGGAAUUUCUACAUUUUAAUCGAUCGGAUAAAUGUGAAUGCUCAACGAGUGCGAUGGACAACGCUGCAUCGUAUGGGAAUAUGCAAAUGUUAGAAUUUUUAUAUAAAAAUCGUACAGAGGGAUGCACGUCCCUUGCCAUGGAUUGGGCAGCCGCUGGUUCACACUUGGAUGUCGUCAAGUAUCUCCACACGACCAUGAAUCAACAACAAUGUACACUUUUAGCUUUGCAAAUUCCACAUCAUCGCAGAUACCCCGAUUACGAUGUGGUUCAUUAUAUUCUAUCCAACAAAUUAAUACCACUCCAACUCAUCCAAACCAAUGCACAAUCAGUAUUUUGUCUUUGUAGUGAAAAUGAAAAGUACUAUGAAAUCAUUGAUUUAAUUAAUCAUUAUUAUGAUAAUAUAUUAAUUCAUUUAAUUUAA